AUGGAUGUCUCCGGGUUCUGCCCGCCCUUCUGUUUGCAGAUUUAUAAGGAGGGAUCUUGGCUCCAGCAGCAGCUCCCCCCCGCCGCGGGGCUCGGCUCUUUUGGCUCGCUCGCCGCUUCCUUAGCAGAGGGUCUGCUGGCAGGAGCGACAUCUGAACAGGUCAUGAAGCCUCAAGCGGCAGAGCUCGUCUCUGAAAUCUCAAAGUUGCAGUGCAUGGUCACAGAACUGAAGACGGGCUUCGCCAGCGCCCUGCUGGAGCUCGGUCAGAUCCAGCAUGGAGACUCGCACCUGAGGGAGGAGAUGGAGGAGAACAGGAGGAGCUGUCAGAAAAAAGCUUUCCGCUUGGAGGCGCUGGUCGAGUCGCUGAGGGAGGAACUUGGAGUGCUGAGGAGUCAAAUUGUGCAGCUGUACGGCAACAGGCCCGGGCCUGAGCCGGACGGAAAGGGCCUCACGUCCAAACCAAGAGAAAGCGAUCCAGCAGAGCCAGCCGGUGACCAGGGGGUUUGCGAGUGUUGUGCUCCUCCACCGGCCUGCCUGUCCCGAGGGAAGCUGCUCCUUCACUGCUUCCUUCAGGGCCUGAAGGCCGGGCUGAGCGAAGGGACAGAUGCUCGACAUCAGGUGGCCAUGCAGCUCCUGCACUCCGAGUGGGAAUACGUGUCGACCCUGAACCAGCUGUACGACAAGUACAAAACGCCGCCAGCUCACCAGACGACCGUAGAGCCGCAUCAGACGUAUGUGAGGUGCGUGGAGCAGCUCCUGCAGCGACACGUGCUCUUCAGGAACACCCUGCAGGAGAGGUUAUCCGCCGAACACUGGAAGUCUCUGGUCGGCGACAUCCUGGUGCAGCUCAUCGGCCAAAACGACACAGCUUUUUCAGAUAUGUACCUCGGAUACACGACGACCUUGGCGUCGUUCCUCUCACUCGAGUUCAACCGGCUGAAUCAGCAAGGGAAAGGCCUCCGAACACAGAGCGGCCAGAUGGAGAGAGACGAAAUAAAACUGCUGUCUUUGCUGUUGGCUCCUGUUGCUAGGAUUCACAGCUACCUGAGUCACAUUCAGAACCUGCUGCAGUGGACCGGUAAGGAGCAUCCCGACUGCAGCCUGUUGUUGGGGUCUGAGAGAGCUCUGAGGAGCGUCUUGUCCCGCUGUCACGUGACCUUGGAGGAGGAUGUUCGAUGGGAGGAAGACGAGGAAGCUGGGCAAAGCGCCCCCUGUGAUGCUGCAGCCGCUGCGUCCUCUGGAAGCUGCUGCACGAGGAGCCAGCAGAUGAGAGCGGAGUCCAGCUCUGCUGCUCAGAGAGACGUCCAGCCGGCUGCUCCCCUCACCAACGGGGUGGACGGCGGUCACUCCAUGCGCCUGGAGUGCUGGUCCUGCAGCCCGGUGAGGAGGAAGGGCUUCCUGAGAGACCGGGCCGCCCUGAGGCAGCCAGUCUGCCACUGCGGUCACGCGUGCUGCUCUCUGCUCGCUCCAGACGCCGCAGGAUGGGGAGAAAACAGCGACUCGGGUCAGGGCACCUUCAGCCAGCCCACGGUGAAAUCCACCAACGACCCGGAGACGACGCGCGCAAACAGCGAGACGGACGACACCUCCGCCUUUGACUACUCCUCCGUCACCUCCUGCAGCCCGGACGGCACCCUGCGGAGGGAGGCGAUGGACACCAACAGCGGGGAGGACGACGAAGACGAGGAGGACAGCCAGGUGCCGGUGCUGCUGAAGCCCUCAUUCAGCCAGGAGUAUCCGGCGCCGGAAACCAGAGGCAGAACUGUGUGUGUGAGGUGGCAGAUUCCCAGAUUCACCCCUCACCCUCCUCUUAGGAGCCCCGCAGGGCCGUAUGUGGACGGACCGACACCGUGCCUCAUCAGCUCCUUUGGGAAGAGAUUGGUCAGCCUGAGGAAAGGGUCGCCUCCUCCACAUCUGAAAAGUGCCUUCAGGCCCAUCUGGGACGAUCCAUCCAAGCAGGCCGAUUCCGCCCCAGAGAGGGACAACAGACCUGCUGGGUUCGUUCCAGCUCCAGCUUCAGCGAGGAACUACUUCCAAGCUUUCGCUCCCAGCAGGGAAAACCUGAGGCCUGCGCCUGCUCAGCAGCGAGGGACCUAUGGACCAGCCGUGGACGGGGGGGGACUGUGGGACAGUGAGGACAGCGAGGGACCCUGCAGCACAGUUUGACUUUUUAACCAAAAAAAAACUUGAAAAGCAAAACAUCUAGAUGCUCUUCAUUUGAAUAAAUCCACUUGAGAUGUUUUGUGUGCAACAAAAAUUGCUGGUCUGCCUCUGUGGUUGAAUGGAUCCUCAGCGUCACAAAGCUUCCCAAAUUAUUGAGCUUGGAAGGGAUUUUCUGAAGUCCAAUAUUUGCUAAAAUGGCCCAUGCUCUAUAGCCGAGACUGCAUAAGUUAGAAUAAAAUAAAGUCACUUAUUAGUGUUUUGUUAUCCAAUAACUAUAAAUUAAGCCCCUUAUUUUGAAUCUGUUUUUCUAGCAAGACGUCCAAUCUGACAGGCUAAGAAAGCGAAAUAACCAGCCACUCUGGAGGAGCUGCAGAGAGCCGCAGCUGAACGGUGAACUCGACCUUUACGGAAGAGCUGGAAGAAAAGAGCAGCUUAUUAAACAGGAAAUCACAGGAAGUUCAGUUUGCCAUGUGUACAUAUAUAGACGACAGCAAGACAAAACUGAACAUAUGAUCUCCCUGGUGAAACAUGGUGUUGGCAGCAUCAUGGUCUGGAGAUUGUUUUUUUUGUAGCACCUUAUCUGAAGGCGUGUGCAUAACACUGACUGACAUAACACCUGUUAUAAACAUGAAGGAGUCCUUAUGAAUGUUUACAACUGUUGUAAUUCGGCAAAUAAUCACAUUAUUAAUGCAAAGUUGGCCAUUUUAAUGCAAAUUUUAAUAGAACAUUGCAUUAAAAGUGUCAUUUACCAAAUUUACUUCAUGACAACAUUCAUGAAGACUUAUUCAUGUUUACGACAGUCUCACAUCAGUCUUAUGCACACACCUUCAAAUAGUGUUACAGAUUUUUGUUUUCCCAGCAGUGAUGGGGAUGACUGGAGGAUGGAUGAAAAUAAAUACAAAGGAGAUCUGGAAGGAAAUCUGCCCAGACUUGAUGACUGGUCUUUUCUUUCCAUUUCUCUGCACUACUUUGCUUUGGCCUACAAAUAGGAAACAAGAAAACCUGACAAAAUGUCAAUAACGUCAUAGUUCCAGUACAUAAAAGAAACAAACAAGAGAUAAGUGGUUCAGUACAAAAUAAGACUGGGUGAUUUAUUAAUCUCAUCAAGAUCAUUAAUACAAAGCAGUUAAAAGGCCACAUACCAUCAAACAAACUGAUUGCUGGAUCAAGCUGUUACAGUGCCAUCAACAGAGAACUUAAUAGUUAUUUUGAGGAUGGGGGCGGGUGGAGGUGAGAGGGGCGGUUUGAAACAACAACAACAAAAAAGAAACCUUGGUAAGAUCAACCCCAUCAAUACUGACAUGGGAGACUCUGAGACGGGCAAAACAAGAGACAAAACGACAAAGUGUUCUCACAUGAUACCAGAACGACAAUCCUCCCAAACACCGCGUUGCAAGACUAGUUUGAAAAACUCCAUCAUCAUCACCCUUCUCCUCCUCCUCCUUUUACCUGAACUCAAAGUGAAUGAGCAAAAUGUAUUUAUAUAUAUAUAUAUAUAUAUAUAUUUUUUUUUUUUUUAAAGAGUUGUUCGUGGCGAUUAGACGCCGACCGAGCGUUCAGGUGAGAUGGAAAAUGUCAGAAAAAUAAAGAAAAGAAACAAACUGAGGUGGUAGACUUGUGUCUUUCCUGGCCUGAUCUGUGUUGCCCAGGGUCACUGCAUUUACAAACAUUCCUGUGACAACUGUGGCUCUUAAACAGUACAGCCUAAAGUGCACAAAGUGUGUUACUCCCACCCCCC